AUGGCCGAUUCUGCCAACGCUCCCAAGCCGAGCAGCAGCGUGAAGCUGGUGCUUCUGGGCGAAGCAGCCGUCGGAAAGUCAUCCCUGGUUUUGCGAUUCGUCAAUAAUGAUUUUCAAGAAAACAAGGAGCCUACUAUUGGUGCGGCCUUCUUGACCCAAAAGUGCAACCUCCCGACACGGACAAUCAAGUUUGAGAUCUGGGAUACCGCCGGCCAGGAGCGCUUUGCCUCGCUGGCUCCCAUGUACUACCGAAACGCCCAAGCCGCCCUCGUCGUCUACGAUCUCACCAAGCCCACGUCUCUCAUCAAGGCCAAGCACUGGGUCGCCGAGCUGCAACGACAAGCUUCGCCCGGCAUCGUUAUCGCAUUGGUGGGCAACAAGUUGGAUCUGACGGGCGACUCCGGCGCUGCCGCCGACAGCCAGAACGGCGAUGACGGAGAGGACUCUGGAGACGCUCGCAAGGUCUCGACGGAAGAGGCUCAGUCGUAUGCUGAGGAGGAGAGCUUGUUGUUUUUCGAGACUAGCGCAAAGAGCGGCCACAACGUCACCGAGGUGUUCACCGCCAUCGCGAAUGCGAUACCCGAGACGUCGUUGAAGAGUGCGAGGGGAGCUGGCGCAACGAGCGGCGCGGCCAGCAGGGGAGGAGAAGAGCAAAGGGUGAACCUGGGAGGCCCCAAGGAUGCCGCUGCCAAGGACAGCUGCGCUUGUUAG